AUGGUUAGAAAGAAAGAUCACUUUUGGGAGUACGUUGAGGAGUUAGAUGGUCGUUUCAAGUGUAAUUUCUGUGAACGAGAUUUUGCUGGAGGUGCUCCAAGAAUUAAAUCACACUUAGCAGGUGUUAAAGGUCGUGAUAUUGAUAUUUGUACAAAAGUUCCUGAUGAUGUGCAAGCUGAAGCUUAUUUAGCAAUUGGAGGGCAUAGUAAAAAGCUUAAGAUUACAUCAAGUUCAAGCAAUGUGGAACAGAGCAAAAAAAUGUCAACUUCAAUGUCCAAUGAUUUGCAUCAAACCACCAUUUUAGAGAUGUGCAAAAAGAAAGAUAAGAGUGCAGUGGACAAAUUGCUUACCCAACAUAUUAUAUUGAAUAACAUAUCAUUUAAUGUUGUUCAAACACCAGCCUUCAUUCGCUUUGUGCAAGGUGUUGCUGAAUAUGGUCAUGGAUACAAGUUACCCUCUUAUUCAACGCUUCGAACGAAGUUAAUUCCAAAUUCAAGGAUAGAAGUUGAAGAAUAUAUAUCAAAUGUUAAAAAGUCUUGGGUUACAACUGGCUGUACUCUUAUGUCAGACAUAUGGAGUGAUAUGAAACAAAGAGCUUUUAUUAACAUUAUUGCAUAUUCUCCUGGGGGAGCAGUAUUUAUGCGUUCACUUGAUGUUUCUCAAGAGAGAAAAACUGGAUUUUUUCUCAAACAGAUUAUUUCUGCAGUAAUUGAAGAAAUUGGGCCUAAUCAUGUUGUUCAGUUUAUCACUGAUAACGCGACAAAUUUUGAGUCAGCUGGAGACAUGCUUAUUGGUAAGUAUCCUCAUUUGUACAAAACACGAUGUGCUGCUCAUGGGAUUCAAUUGCUUUUGAAGGAUAUAUAUGAGGAAGUUUAUUGGGUGCAAAAGGUAAUUGAUGAUGCAAAAUCAAUUGUUUCAUAUAUGUAUAAGCACACUAUCGUCCUCUCACUCAUGAGAGCACACACAAACAAUAAGGAGUUAAAACAUCCUUGUACAACUAGGUUUGCUUCUAAUUUCUUGAUGCUCCAAUCUAUUUUGAAUGUUGAAAGCGAAUUGCGAUUACUUGUUGCAUCUUCUGAUUGGAGAGGAUUAGAUUAUAGCAAAAAGGAUAUUGCCAAAGAAGUUACUAAUAUAAUUCAAAGUACAGAAUUUUGGAGUCAAGGACAUGAGGUUCUACUAGUUUUGGAGCCAUUGGUUCGAGUUCUUCGAUUAGUUGAUGGUGAUGGGUCAACUGCUGGGUACUUAUAUGAAGCAAUGGAAAGGGCAAAAGAAGCAAUUCAGCAACGUUGUGGCAACAAUCAAGAAAAAUAUAUACGGAUGUGGGAAUUAUUUGAGGGAAGGCGUACUCAAAAUAUAAUCCAUCCAAUUCAUUCAGCUGCAGCCUUUUUAAAUCCUGCUUACAUGUAUAGUGGGACAUUUACUGAGAAUCGUGAGAUGAAAGAGGGAAUAAGUUUUAUACUAGAGAAUUUGGUGGCUCUUGAAGAAAAGAUAGAAUUUAUGGGACAAGUGCAACUUUAUCGCAUGAAAUUAUCAAGCUUGUUUACUGAAACUGCAAUGACAAUGUUGAAAACAUCUCAUCCUAGAAUAUGGUGGGAUUAUUGUGGAGAUAGUCUUCCUAUUUUAAAAAAGUAUGCCAUUCGAAUUUUGAGUCAACCUUGUAGUUCUUCCUCAUGUGAACGUAAUUGGAGUGCAUUUGAAGCAGCACAAACAAAGAAGAGAAAUAGGCUGACACCUAAGAUGUUGGAUGAUUUGGUUUAUGUAAGAAUGAACACAAUGAUGAUGGAGAAAUUCAAUACCUUAGAAGCUCGAGAUGUAGAGCCGAUUGAUCUUGACAAGCUUAAUGAGCUUCCUGAACAUGAAUAUGUUUCUCAAGAACAAGAUAUAGAGAAUGACACACUAAGUGAAGGGGUUGAAAAUAUUAAUGAUGAUGUUAUAGAUGAUACAGAUCUUUCAUGGUUAAAUUGA